AUGACACCACCCAAGCAAGACCGUCGCUGGUCCGACUUCGCGGAAUGGCUCCGUAGCGGACACAGUUUGUACUGGAUCUCAGGAAAGGCCGGGAGCGGAAAGUCUACGUUAAUGAAGUACAUCUGCUCAAACCCGAUAACCACUGACCUUCUCGACUCGUGGAGAGGUGGCUCUACGCUGCUGCAGGCUAGAUUCUUCUUCUGGGCGGCCGGACACACCCUGCAAUCAUCGCACGAAGGUUUAUUACGAGGGCUGCUGCACACGCUUCUUACGCAAUGUCCACGGCUUAUACCGUCCGUUUGUCCUGAGAUCUGCACAGAGAUUGUUGCAGGACGUGAGUUGGAUCUCUCCUGGACGCUUCCAGAGCUUAUAGAAGCUCUUCGUCUGUUCGUCGAAAACUCUGAAGGCCUCCGAAUCUGCCUUUUCGUUGAUGGACUGGAUGAGUACGCUGGAUAUCACGGUGAUCUUAUUCGUGCUUUCGAAACGCUGUCUUCCUACGAUAACGUGAAGCUGGUGCUGUCUAGCCGACCCUUGGCCGAGUUCAACGACGCCUUCACCGAUAUGCCUCAGCUUCGAUUACAGGAUCUGACGUAUCAAGACAUGAUAAAAUUUGUUUCUGAUAGGCUGGAUCACUCCCGGGGCUUGAGAGAACUGGAAGAAUUGGAUCCAGAGCUUCGUUCAACCUUGGUGCGCGGCCUAUGCGACAAAUCAGCCGGCGUGUUUCUCUGGGUGGUGUUAGCGCUUCGUUCAAUCCUAGACGGACUACAAAAUGGUGAGACAGCAUCUACAUUGCAACGCAAGCUUGACUCGCUCCCCUCGGACCUCUACGAAAUGUAUAAGCGCAUGUUCAAAUCGCUAGACCCAGCAACGCAGAAGAGUAUCGCUCGGAUGAUCCUCAUAAUGCUAAGAAGCAAAGAAGUGCCAAGGUCUGAGCCGAUGAGCCUUCUUCAACUAGCCCUUGUCGACAACGAGGACAUAACAGCUAAAAAGGCUAUCACCGAGGAACUGUGGAUCAUGCCGUCAAACAAGAGACAAUCGCUAUGCUUGUGGAUGAAAAGAAGGAUCGAUGGCCAGACCAAAGGCUUGCUUGAAGUCACGAACCAAGACAAUAUCGCUGAACGAGGCUCAUCUGCUAUGGACGCAUGGGUCGAGUUCUACCACAAGACUGCGAUCGACUUCUUCCGCUCUGAUGAGACUUGGAACCUACUGAAGACCCAAGCUGGCUCUAACUUCAACAUCGACCUUACUCUUCUCGUUUCAAGUCUUCUUGAGAUGAAGGUAUUGCCUUCGGAAACUGCAAUUGUAGCUGGAACCAACCGUUCUGUCGCGAACUUGCGGCAAGGACUCAUGUUUGCUAGCUUGUUAGAAGAACAUAACCUUCGUCCUUAUACGGCGUUAUUAGACGAUAUGGAAAGGACUAUGAGGCUUCACUGGGCGAAGGCGACGAUGUACAAAAGGCGAGCGUUAGACGACGAAUGGACCGCAACGAGAGACAUGACUUUCGAACGAUUCGUCGGGAAACAGGCCAAUAUUGGCCAGACAAGAAGAUUCAUGCGUAGUUAUUUUGAUGAGCAUCCUUCCUUCUUGAGUCUUGCCAUGGAAUAUGGCUGUUAUCUCUAUGUUGCCGACAAAGCCUCGUGGGAAGAAUCCGUCACAGCCCAACAACGAACUUCGCUGACCUGUAUACUCCUGUGGUACUACAUGGCAGGGGACCGUGGGCUGGACUGCCAUUCAGGUACGAAAGCGGUUACUGCGAUUCUCCAAGUUCUUGCUACGGAUGCCGAAGCUGUUACACGCAUGGAUGUAUACCAGUGCUGGCGGACAUUGACCAAAGAACUAUCUAGGGCACGUCCUGCAGCAUUGCGGUUUGACUAUGCGAACAAUACGAUGGAUCUGUUUCUUGCCUUCCUCAAUGAUCGCGAGAUCCGCCUACAUCCCGAGGUGACUACUCCGGGGGUCCGAAGCUUGCUCCAGAAAGUCCAUGAAAACGUCGUAGCCGAAAAUCCAUCCGGCACAAAGAACGAUAGCACCCAGCAAGAUCUAGACGAGUUCAACACGAAGUAUGACAAGGCCCACACUAUACUCGCAACGGAAUGGAAAGAGGAGGGUAACGAGGCUCAGAAGAAGCAAAACAGCGAAGCUCGGAAGUGGCCUGGGUUCACGUUCAUUCUCCUUACAGUCCUCUUGUCGCUACUUCUCCUAAGUUACAACCUAUCGGUCACUUCGCUCGGUAGCUCGGAUACAAUACGAGACCUCUAG